AUGGCGUCAAAUUCACAGGAUGGACAAUCCUGCACUAGAUGUGUAAACACCUGUACAGAUCCUAAGCUGGAUAAACGGGGGAUAAUAUCCGAACCAUAUGUAUGUCCCGAGUGCAGAGAGCAGUUACCGGAACAACCAGCCUUCAUAAAGGACACAACUCGAGAAGAGGAGGCCAUGAUCUUCUGUACGUAUUGUAUUCACUCCUCUGUACCUGCCAUUCAAUCAUGUCUGCACUGCGAAGCUUCUCUGUGUGAUGACCACCUGAAGGCUCACAACAAGUCACCAGAACAUGUCCUAACAGAGCUCACCACCUCCCCGGAGAAUAGGAAGUGCUCCAUCCACAAGAAGAUCCUGGAGUAUUACUGCUAUGAAGACGCAGUCUGUAUCUGUGUUUACUGCUUAGCUGAGAAGCACAGGUUCCAUCAACUGGAACCCCUGGAUGAGGCCACCACAAAGAAGAAGGAAAAACUGAAAGACCUUCUGGAGACCUUGGUCUCGGAAAGAGAGGACAUGGAGAAAAACUGCCAGAAUAUUAUUAGACGUAUGAUGAGAAUUCCAGAGAAAGUAUCCGACAUAAAAGAAAAAGUUUCUACCUCAUUCCAAGAGAUCAGAAGAAGACUGGAGGAUCUAGAAAAUAGAGUCCUACGAGAGAUCUCCAGACAGGAAACAGCAAUUAUAAUUUCGGGCAAUAUUCGGUUGCAGCAGCUGCAAGUGAAGAAGAUCCAAUUGUCCACUAAGAUCCGUCACAUUGAGGAGCUGUGCAAAGAGACCGACCCUCUGACUGUCUUACAGUACGGCAAGGACAACUUUUAUGAUAAUUCAGAAGAUCAAAAAGAUGACCUGAAGGAAGCUGAUAAAACGAUGCACGUUGUAGAGGACUUGAAUGAGUUUCUAAUCGCUCUGACUUUACACAAUGGCUUGAAUAAUAUUGUAAACGAGACAAGGAAAGAAUAUUGUAUCCCUGAAGCUAAAGAGAUCCUGCUGGAUCUGAAUACAGCAGCUAAUAACGUAUUGGUUUCCAGUGACCUCAAGUCCAUUUCAUGGUCAGUCGUAGGCCAACGUCGCAAAGAAACAGUAGAGAGAUUUGAACAGCAUCAAGUGUUGAACACAAGUAGAUUUUCUGCUGGACGGCAUUACUGGGAAGUGGAGGCGAGUGAAUCGGAAUACUGGAUGAUGGGAGUGACCUAUCCAAGUAUAGACCCCAAGAGCCCAGAGUCUUGGAUUGGGAAUAAUACCAAAUCCUGGUGCUUGUGCAGGUGGCACGAUGAAUAUUCAAUUAGACAUGAUGGUAAAGAUGUCAAUACACAUUCUAAUCUGUCCUGCAACAAGUUAGGAAUCUAUCUGGAUUAUGAGGCCGGGCAGCUGUCCUUCUAUGAACUGAGUGACCACAUCAGACACCUCCACACCUUCACUGCCACCUUCACUGAGCCCCUUAAUGCCGCAUUCUGGGUGGAGGACAACGGGUGGCUUAGAAUAACAAGCUAA